AUGGCGGACGAGGGCAAAGGAAUGGCUGACGAAGACGAUAGGUCUGGUACCGGAAGAGAAAUUGAGACCCCAACUGAUAUUCCAUGUGAAGAGCAAGCUUUGAUCUUCAACGAAACCGUUCUCGGGGACAACGGUACCCUUUUUGAUUACAGGAUCAACAAGAAUGAGACGCUAAAACUUAUGCGUCAAUCAACGGGAAUUAUGGAGAUAGAUAUCCUCAUCUUUUAUAGCGGAGAGACCAUUACUCUCAAAGUCAAACCUUCGGAUACCAUUUACAGCAUUAAAGCCAUGAUUCGGGAUGAAACGCAAAAACCUAUUGACGAGCAGGAUUUGAUCUUUAACCGAACCGUUCUUCACAACGAUGAUACCCUUGCUGGUUGCGACAUCCACAAGGAGUCUACACUCACACUUUUGUGGUCAGCAAGAGUAUACAUCAUGAAGAUAUUCAUCAAGACCGCAACAGAAAAGACCGUUACUCUGCAUGUCAAACCCUCAGACACCAUCUACAACCUGAAGUUAAAGAACCAGGAUAAGGAAGGUGUUCCCCCAUUCAAGCAGACACUGAUCUUUAACAAAAUUUUCCUGGAGGAUAGUGCUACCGUUGCUGAUUAUCGCAUCCGUGAUGGACAAGAAGUCGGUCUUGUGUUGGGAUAAUCUUGAUAGUUCGGGUUGAGUACGGGUCAAGUUGGUUGCAGAAACCUUUUGUGUUCGUGAGUGUUUAAUUGUUCGAUCUUUU